UGCCCCUUCCCUUCCCUUCAUCUUCAUUUUCUAGAUUAUUCGUUGCGGCCUCGACCUCGAUUCGCCCCCCCCUCUUCCUUCGAUCGGAGGCAACAAGGAACCCAUCCCUCUCUCCCUUUCCCCACGAACCAAGCACGAGCUCUUCCUCCUCUUCUUCCCAGAGAGACCGAGAGGGAGGGUUCCGCUCUACUCUUCCCCGACUCCACUCCGCGCGCCGCCGCACCUCCAACUUCCGCAAGAUCCGCCGGGUGCCCGGGCUGUCGAUUUCUCGGGAGCAGGAGGGGUUAACCUUCGUGGGGGGAAACAAUGUACUUUGAAGGCUAUGGCUACCAUGGAAACACUUUCGAGCAGACAUAUCGCUGCUACCCUGCAUCUUUCAUUGACAAGCCACAACUUGAGGCUGGUGACAAAAUUAUUAUGCCACCAUCGGCUCUUGAUCGUCUCGCAUCUCUGCAUAUUGAGUAUCCUAUGCUUUUUGAAGUCCACAAUGCGGCAGCAGAACGGACUUCACAUUGUGGUGUUCUGGAGUUCAUUGCAGAAGAAGGCAUGAUCUACAUGCCAUAUUGGAUGAUGCAAAAUCUUCUUCUGCAAGAGGGAGAUAUGGUGUUCAUAAAAAAUGCGAACCUCCCCAAGGGCACAUAUGUCAAGUUGCAGCCUCAUACAACAGACUUUUUGGAUAUCUCAAACCCCAAAGCAAUCUUGGAGAAAACUUUGAGGAACUUUUCUUGUCUAACCACAGGAGACAGCAUUAUGGUAGCGUAUAAUAACAAGAAGUAUUACAUUGAUAUAGUGGAGACAAAACCUUCCAAUGCUAUAAGUAUUAUCGAGACUGAUUGUGAGGUUGACUUUGCUCCACCACUUGACUAUAAAGAGCCUGAGCCUGUAAAACCUGCUGUUCCUGCAAACAAAGAGCCUGCUACAGAAGCUCCAGCUGAAGAAGAACCAAAAUUCAUCCCCUUCACCGGUUCAGGAAGACGUCUGGAUGGGAAGCUGUCUAAGGAUAAAGAUGUGCUGGCCUCAUCCCCUGCAAAGCGACAAGCUAAUGCAACCAAUGGUGCGCAGCCGUCAACAGCCAGCUCGUCACAGGGUGGUUCGUCGCGUAAGACCGCAGGAAAGCUUGUCUUCGGCGCCGGUGGAAGUCGAGCUGAUAAGGCGCCUGAGAAGGAAGCGAAGGAGGAACCGAAGAAUGAGCCGAAAUUUGCAGCGUUUACAGGAAAGAAGUACUCGCUGAAGGGCUGAAGCAUAAAUAGGCAGUAAUGUAUAUUUAGCAGUAUAUUCCCAGCGACAAGGCAUAACCAGGGAGAAGAGCUUGAUGAGCUACUACUGACUUCGAUUAUCCUUAUGUGGGAUGGGCAUCUUUGUUUGGGUUUGUGGCGUGCGUCUUGAAGUCGGAUGUCUCUUCUGUGAGAAACUGUGAUCCUUCCUUAUUUGUCAGGCCGCAGUGGAGCAACUGAUGUAUAAAGCAGUCCAUCCCCGGUUCAGUUCAUCUGGUGAUAA